AUGAACGCUUUCAACACAACCUGGGAGCUGUGUCUCAACAAGCCUUACGCGGAUGGUGGCAGUGAGAACUCUACCCGCGUCUUGGGCAAAAAGGGCUGGACCAUGGAACCGCCUCUUCGCUGUGCAGCCAAAGUUCAGCCUCCCAACGCUCUGAACAACGCUCGGCAGCAGGGAGAAUAUUGGACGGUGGAGAUUGCGCUUCCCCUCGCCAGCCUGGCCGAGCGCACAGGCGCCGUGGCGCCCCCGCGUCCCGGCGACUUCUGGCGAGCUAGCUUCAGCCGGGUCCAGUGGGCUGUCAAGGUAAAUCCUGCCAACGACACCUACGAGAAGAGCCCGUCUUGCCAGUCCUGUCCUGAACCGGGCAGCGCCCACGAGGACAACUGGGUCUGGUCUCCGCAGUAUGCGAUCCAGAUGCAUCAGCCAGAGACAUGGGGAAUCCUGCAGUUCGAGGGACCAUCAGUGAACGCCACCGGCGCGACCUACUACUCGGAGUGGCCAAGCAGAAGUGCAGCCAUGGCAAUCUACUACGCUGAGCAUGCCUACGCAAAGAAGCGAGGUGUCUUCACGACCGACAUGCAUGAGCUGCUGCAGUUUUCGUCGGAGCCCUUCCCUAUCUGUGAGGUUGCGGACACCGUCAUCAGCCUUACUGGUGAGGGCAAGGAUUCAAUCUUCGAGGCCACUGUGCGGUCUCCAGCCAGCCCAGGGAUAACUGCUACGGUGCGCUCGGACCGGUACCUGACAGUCGUGAAGACUUGA